UUCUUAUACGCCGUCAACUUAGCCAUGUUUGUUCUACAAACUGAAAACAAUUAUGGGGACUGUUUAGGGCUUUAACUUUUUUAUUUCAUUAUUUCUGUAAUCGGAGUUCAGCUUUAAGCCUUGGUGUGAAAAUAUACUGGCCUGCGAUGAUGUGUGUGUAUUUACUAUAAUGAAUGCAGUGAUGUAUGGUUGGUAAUACAAUCUUGUUAUUCAUAUGUUUGACAGAAUAGAGGACAUCUUAAUUUAUUAAUACAUGUAGGUCAUCGACAAGCUUUAAACCUCACGGAUAUUUAAUUUAUAGCUGUUUAAAAGUUUUAUGGUUAAAACAGUAACGAACAGGGUUAGACAUGUGUUAUAAGUUUAUUAUGGAAGGAAGAAAGUUGGUUUUUAUACUAAUUGUCCUUGGAUGUAAGUUAACACCUUCACAUGGUGAUGCUGGAUCUGAUCUCUCCAAACUCAGUACCGAAUACUUUGAGUGGAGAAUGUCUGUGCUGCCGGAAUCGUCCACUAGGCGUGGUUAUCAUAAAUACAAUGAUAUCCUGGAAUCGUUCACUUUGGCUGGUUAUAACGAAUCUAAGGUUAGGGCGGAUGAAUAUUUUGCCAGGUUGAAAUCUAUACCACGUGACGAAUUAAGUCGUUCUGAUAGUCUGAAUUAUGAUAUAUUGGAGAACAUGUUAUCAACGUAUAUAAGUGGAUAUGAAUGGCGGCUGUAUAACAAUAUUAACACACUGAAUUUACUGGAAGGGCCGCAAAUUGCGCCGUCAGAUUUUACAAGUUUCUUUCCUUUCAAUACUAUUGGUGACUAUGAGAAUUACUUGGCGCGACUCACAAGACUGCCAAAUCAGAUUGAUGAAAGAAUCUCGUUGUUUAGAGAAGCUGUUCGACUUGGAACAGUUUACAACAAUGUAUCUGUGAAUUUAGUAAUAGAUCAAAUUGAAAAUGUGAUAUCUGCAUGUCCACUGUCGAAUUAUUCUGACAACUGUGGAUUUUAUAAGCCAUUUACACAAGAUUUGGACAACAUACACACAACUAACGCGACGAGAACCACACUACGAUCACGUGGUGUUACAGCUGUUAAUCUUUUGAUGGACAAAUUUCAGAAUUUGACGAUCUUUCUACAAACAGAAUACAUGCCGGCUACAAGACAAGGUUACGGGGUAGCAAAUCUACAUAAAGGGAGAGAAUUCUACCAAGCAUGCUUAAAAUGGCAUCUAUCCCUGGAUCUUACACCGGAAGAAGUUCAUCAAAAGGGGUUGGAUGAGGUGAAGAGAAUAUCAGAGGAGAUGAAAAAGAUUAUGACCAAGAAUGGUUUUCAAGGAUCAAUAUCAGAAUAUUUUGCAAUGUUGAAGAAUGACUCAGCUAUGUUCUACAAUAGUUCGGAAGCCAUGUUGGAUGGAUAUAGAGAUCUUCUUGAUAAUCGUGUUGACCCACAUCUGGCUAAAUUAUUCAAUAAUUUACCUGGUUUACCUAUUGUAGUCAAAGCGGCCACGUCAGAUGGACCAGCAGGCUACUACUCCCCCGGUUCCAAGGACGGAUCUAUACCAGGAAUCUUCUGGGCAAACGUCAUACGACCAGCAGAAUAUGCAAAAUUUUCUAUGCUACCCCUAACGAUGCAUGAAGCUAAUCCUGGUCACCAUUUACAGAUAAGUUACAACUUGUUGACAGAAACACCGGAUUUUAGAAGUAAAAUGGAAUACUCCCACAUGUUCAGUGUACCGUAUGCUUUUCCAUCAUACACAGCAUUCGUAGAGGGUUGGGCAUUGUACGCUGAAUCGUUAGGAGAAGAACUUGGUCUUUAUAAGGAUGACAAUGAAUUAAUGGGUAGAUAUAGCUCUGAGAUAUUUCGUGCCUGUAGAUUGGUUGUUGACACCGGAAUUCAUUAUUAUAAUUGGACGAAAGAUGAUGCCAUCGAUUAUAUUUUGACAUAUACGGAUGAGUCACGACAUGGUACGUCACUUGAAGUAGAUCGCUAUGUCACGUGGCCUGGACAAGCUUGCGCCUACAAAAUAGGCGAAUUAAAGAUUAAAGAAAUGAGACAAGCCGCUGAGAAAAAAUUAGGUGAUAAAUUUGACAUCCGGGCUUUUCAUACAUCUAUUAUGGAUAACGGAGCAGUACCUUUAGACUUGUUAGAAAGAAACGUUAAUGAAUGGAUAGAAGAGCAGUUGGCUCAACAACCUCAAGAACCAGAUUCAACCACUUGUUCUGCUCAAAAACAAUUUGCCCAAAUAUGGCUUUUAAGCAUUCUAUUAACUUCUGUAGAAAUCUUUUGCCGUUAAUUAGUAUACUUUCUUUAUACAACAAAAUCUCAAGCUCAAUUAAAACUAUACCGUGAUUUCUUAAUUAAACACUUUAUAGGGAUGAGUGCUUUAUCUGCUUUCAAGGACAGGUUAUUCAAAGCUUUACUCCAACACAUUCGAGAAGAAACUAAUAAAUAAUCCAAGUAAAUGGAGUAUGAAACGCACCCUAUAUUAACAGUGUCAUAAUAAAACACGUCAUUAUUACGUAAAAACCAUCAUUUCUGAACACUAUCACUUUCGUUUUUGUUAAAUUGACUGAUAAAUUAAAAUUACUGCAAAAUCUUUGAAGAAUGUUUAUUUUUCUUUGUAAAUCUCCAAUAGAAUUGACAAGAUACUAAAGUCAUCUGCAUACAUUAGCAUUAUAAUAUCUUGUGCAUCUUGGUUUGUGAAUAUUCUUUGGACAUCACUAGCUUCCAUUAUUUGAUCGAGCUGAUUAACAUAAUAACAAAACAGCAGAGGACUGAUUUUACACCCUUGUCUACAGUUUCUCUCUAUUGAUACUGUCAAAUGCCCCGGAAAAAUCAACAAAUAGUGAAUACAUUCUGCCUCUCGGUUUUGACAAAUAUUUCUGGACUAAUCCCUGCAACGUAAAAAGGUGAUCGACUGUUGAAUACUCUUUUCUAUAUCCCGCUUGAGCCUCG